UUAGGCUAUGGAAAGCGACUGGAAGUCAAAUGUCGUAAUCGAGACUUGACUUGUAAGAAAGUUCUAUCAAUUCCCAGAUUGCAGCUUUUCUCAUAGCCACAGGCGGCCCCACAGGAACUAUGGAUUAUGAAAAGAAAGGAUCGACAAGUUUCAGCAAGGGAUUAUUGCAGAGUGAAGAACUGUAUCAGUAUGUACUCGAGACUAAUGUGUAUCCGCGUGAACCGGAGCCGUUGAAAGAGCUAAGGGACAUCACCGCUACCCACCCGAGGGCUGUUAUGGCUACUGCACCUGAUGCAGGGCAGCUAAUUGCCAUGCUCUUGAAGCUAAUAGAUGCAAAAAGGACAAUCGAAGUCGGAGUUUUCACCGGAUACUCACUUCUGCUUACCGCUCUUACAAUUCCCCAGGAUGGCAAGAUUAUAGCCGUAGAUAUGAAUCGAGAUGCAUAUGAGAUAGGGUUGCCUGUUAUCAGAAAAGCCGGUGUCGAACACAAAAUUGACUUCAUAGAAUCGGAGGCUUUGCCAGUCCUUGAUAAUCUACUUGCAAAUCCCGGGAACGAAAACAGCUUCGACUUUGCUUUUAUCGACGCCGACAAGAUCAACUACUGGAAUUACCAUGAGAGGCUGAUGAAAUUGUUGAAGGUUGGUGGGAUUGUUGUGUACGAUAACACGUUGUGGGGAGGAUCGGUUGCGAUGCCGGAAGAGUGCACUCCGGAGGUAAUGAAAGAAGGAAGACAGAGAACUAUGGAGUUCAACAAAUUGCUCGCCGCCGAUACUCGAGUCGGAAUUUCACUCGCUCCGUUAGGCGACGGGAUCACUAUCUGCAGGCGUGUGCAUUGAACUUAUUGUUGCUUGCACCAUUUCAAACGUGUUUGUGCUGAUUCUCAGCCUCAGAAAA